AUGGAGUCCGCCAUUCGCUGGUCCCCGACCUCGUCGGCUACCGAUCAACGCUUCCUGUCCGUCGACGUCACGAGGAAGUCGUUUCGUCUAUGUAGGGUGACCGGGUUUGAUGGCAAGAACCUGCGCCAUGAACUGCUUUCUACUCUAACCAAUGUCCCUGGGUUUCGUGCAUUUGACUGGUCUACCUCAAAUGAGAACCUAAUCGCCGUGGGCCAGUCAUCCGGAGAAGCCACUAUCCUACGCCUCGAUGGUGAUAGCAAGGAGUCGCUUUCCUUCCCAGUCCGCAACCAGCGAUACUGCAAUGCAGUUGCAUUCAGUUCACAUGGGCUGGUAGCAUCGGGUCUUGAUCGCGUCCGAAAUGACUUUUGCUUGAACAUCUGGGAUGUCAAUCAACGGCUCAGUCCAGCUGGCGGGAGCAAAGGGUUCACUGAGCCAUUGAGAAAACUUGCUAGCUCUGAGCCCAUAACAAGUAUCAAAUUCUUCAGAGAUCAACCUGAUACUCUUGUGACUGGUGUCAAAGGCCAGUUUGUGAGAAUUUACGAUUUAAGAGAGGGACUUGGAGCUCCAUCUAUACAAUUCCCCACUCGGUGUGUCCACAAUUUGGUCAUUGACUGGCUGGAUGAGAACUAUAUCGCUUCUUGUGUGCCUUCUAAUGAAAGCACCAUUUGCGUGUGGGAUCGUCGCGUUGGCACCCGGCUGACCUCACCAUCUUUGGGGCCUUCAUCUAGCGGUCCGGACUCAGGGCCGGCAACAGCUGCGCUUCAAUUCAAGAAUGUUUUCAGUCCGAAGGCUUCCAUUUGGAGCUUGCGCUUUUCCAAGACCAAUCGAGGCAGUCUGGCUGCACUUUCCAGCACCGGACAUUUCAAGCACUACGAAAUCGCCAAAGACUAUCUGAUGGAAGAAUAUCGCUCUUCUAUAGAUGAUACUCUUGGCCAGGGUUAUUCCAGGAACUACCCGGAAUCAGUAUAUACCAAGCGCGUGCGGGACGUGUGCGUUCCCUUUGACCAUCCCACUCGCGGCUGCAAGGAGAAGGACCGGAUUGUGUCUUUCGACUUCAUGAACCUCAGUAUAUCAGCUCAACCAAGUGCUAUCGCGCUCGAUGGCCAUGGACAGCCUCAGAUUAUAACCCCACAACUACCCUGUGCGCCUGUUGAUCUAUCCCCACAAAGUGUACUAGCUUGUGGUAUAUCAUCGAGCGACUCGGAAGUCAGAUCGAUCCAUCCUCUUUCUGAGCAUAUCUCACCAAUCUCAGAGUUGGUUGAAAAUAUCCGAUCACGCGUCUGCUCAAGCUCGCAAGGCCACGAAGCAAAGCCAAAUGGUCAACUUUUUGCGCCGAAGAUUGAUGAGCCUGACCCUAUUCCGAGCCGGGAAAGUCGAGAGCGCGCCAUGGCCUUGGGGGCGAUGGGCGUUACGCUUACUGCAAAGGAAGCGCUCACCCUGAAUGCCGUCAAUCAGUCUCGGUGUCGGGAGGGCUACCUUUUUGAUGAAUCUCGGAACCGAAAGGUAGUUUCUGAGGAUGCAGCUCUGCAAGAUCUUUGGGAUUGGAUUGAACGCGCGCGAUCUGACUCCUCGGGAACGUCAAUGGUUGUCAAUGGCUUAGAUCUGAAUUACCUAGGCGUGAGCAACGUCUGGACCAACGAUAUAGGCCAAGGGUCGGAGAAGCGCUCCAUCGGCACUAGCUCCGAUGAUCCGAAAAGUGUUGCGGCUGCAAUAACAUCUUUAGCCGACAAGCUGGAUCUUCCCGAUAUAAAAGACUGCGAUACUGACUUCUCUACUCAUCGCCGACUCUGUCUCCGACUCUGUGGUGCAGCCCAGAAUUACCGCAAACUAGAGGAGUCCGUAAAGAAACUAUCUGGCGAAGGUCAACAUACCAAAGCUGCUGCGCUGGCUGUCUUUCAAGACGAGCCCAAGUUGGCUUAUCUUGGCCUUCGAAGUAACCAGCCCACUCAAGCUCAUAAAUUGCUGGCGAUGGCAAUAGCCGGUGCUGCCAAAGGAGACAAUGGCACAGACUGGGAAGAGACCUGUGCGGAAAUCGCCACGGAACUUACCGAUCCUUAUGCUCGAGCAAUUCUUGCUCUUGUGAGCAAAGGUGACUGGAACGCAGUCAUCAAGGAAACCACGCUACCUUUGAGAUAUCGGGUGGAGGUCGCGCUGCGCUGGCUGCCAGACGAUGAGCUAUCCGAGUAUUUGAAAACUGCCACGACUGAGGCCAUCUGGCAGGGUGACAUCGAAGGUGUUGUUCUAACAGGUCUGGGCCAUCUGGCCAUGGGGCUUUUCCAGUCAUACAUUGGAAAGUUUAACGAUGUUCAAACCCCGGUGCUAGCAAUGAGCCACACGGUGCCGCGGCUGAUCGGCAAUGAGAAACAAGUCGCUCAGUUCGAGGCUUGGCGCGAAACCUACAGACGCCAGAUCAACUCGUGGAAAAUGCAGCUGGAGCGAGCCCGAUUCGAUGUGGGAUCCCGUCGCUUUGCCAUAACCGUGGAUGGGCAAAAGCUCAUGCCAACGCCGCCACAACAGGUCAGCUUAACCUGCAAUUACUGUACCAGCCCUCUCACCCAACACGAUGCUUCUUCCGAAGUCUCUCCAACAACAAAAGGCGAGACUGUCCACCCUACUGUCGGUAAUCCACUGGCUCCCGCGACCAUGGCUGGGACUGUGUGCCCGCGCUGUGGCCGACACAUGCCACGAUGUGGAGUCUGUACCCUAUGGCUAGGCUCGCCAGAUCCGAUGUCUCGCGCCAGUAUCGCUGCUGAUGCAGAACCAGCGUCACGCAAGCCCACUGGUGCUGAACUGAUGAAACGGUUCGUGGUAUUCUGUAUUCAUUGCAAUCAUGGGUUCCACGCACACCACGCUAGCGAAUGGUUCAAGCGGCACAAGGUCUGUCCCGUUGCCGAGUGUAGCUGCAUUUGCGAUCGAUAA